GUGGUCCUGUGUGUACAGCUUCCACAAGAGGGAAUCCUAACCGUCGCUGUCAUGGUACACUGCAGUUGCGCGUUGUUGAGAAAGUAUGGAAACUUCGUUGAUAACCUAAGAAUUUUCACCAGAGGCGGAAGUGGUGGAAUGGGUUACCCUCGUUUAGGUGGAGAAGGUGGAAAAGGCGGUGAUGUCUGGGUUGUUGCCAAUAACAAAAUGACUUUAAAACAACUUAAAAACAAAUACCCUAAGAAGAGAUUUGUGGCUGGAGAAGGAGCAAAUAGUCGGGUUAGUGCACUAAAAGGCUCCAAAGGAAAAGACUGUGAAAUUCCUGUACCUGUAGGAAUCUCAGUAACUGAUGAAAAUGGUAAAAUUAUAGGAGAACUCAAUAAAGAAAAAGACAGACUUUUGGUAGCUGAAGGAGGCCUUGGUGGUAAAUUGCUUACAAAUUUCUUACCAUUGAAAGGCCAGAAACGAAUUAUUCACCUUGAUCUUAAACUUAUAGCUGAUAUAGGCCUAGUGGGAUUCCCAAAUGCUGGAAAAUCUUCUUUGUUAAGUCAGAUUUCUCAUGCAAAACCUGAAGUUGCAGAUUAUGCAUUUACAACAUUAAAACCUGAACUUGGAAAGAUUAUGUAUAAUGACUUCAAACAGAUAUCAGUGGCUGAUCUUCCUGGUUUAAUAGAAGGAGCACAUAUGAACAAAGGAAUGGGCCACAAAUUCCUAAAGCAUAUAGAAAGAACCAAACAACUACUUUUUGUUGUCGAUAUUUCUGGUUUUCAGCUUUCUUCCAAAACUGAAUACAGAACUGCCUUUGAAACUAUAAUACUGCUUGCAAAAGAGUUAGAGUUGUACAAAGAGGGCCUUCAGACAAAACCUGCACUUCUAGCAGUUAAUAAAAUGGACUUGCCAAAUGCCCAAGAUAAAUUCCAUAUACUGAUGAACCAACUCCAGAAUCCUAAAGACUUUUUACAUUUAUUUGAAAAAAAUAUGAUUCCAGAAAGGACCAUGGAAUUCCAACACAUCAUCCCUAUCUCUGCAAUUACUGGAGAAGGAAUUGACAAAUUAAAGGACAGUAUAAGACAAUCUCUAGAUGAACAAGCUGAUCAGGAAAAUGAUGCAUACCAUCAGAAACAGUUGCUUAAUUUACAGACUUCCAAAACAAUAUCUUACAGUGAGCCAAAAAAUGUUGCUCAAAAAAAUGUUGCUACUAGUCCCAGAAUGGAUAUAAUUUAAAUAUAUUAAAAAUUAUUUUGAAAUUGUGUUCAUUUAAAAGUUUUUCCACAGAUAUAUUUUUUUGAAGGUUAGUUCCUGUUGAACUUCUGAUACACAUGCCAUCAUGCAAGAACUGUACUUUUUAAAGUUGUUCUGUAUUUAAGUGUAUCAACAGUAAAUUUGAUAUAUAAACUAAUAUAAAAAUUAGUUUAUAAUUUCAUGACCAAUCCACCUAUAAUAAAUAUCCUCCAAAAUACUUGUACUAAGACAUGUCCAGUGAGAUAAUUUUUUUAAUUAUAUAAAAGAACUCCCUACAUUGUUGGAAUGAAUAACUACCUUUUGUUGCCUAUGGGUUAAGUCUCAUGCUAUCACCUACAUGGCCCUGCUCCCCU